CAAGAAUACACGUGUUUUGUAUGCGAUGUUUGACUUGUAAGGAUGUUUAAUUAGAGAAGAGAUAUACUUUCAAACAAAAUGGGAAUAACAAAACAAGAAAUACAUCGACCUGGUACAUUUAAACAAAUUAACAAACCGCAUAAAACAGGUAGACAUCGUAGUAAAGGUUCAAUAAGUAACGAUGCUAAAGGGAAAGUUGGAGUAAAGGUUUUAUCAAAACGUAUUGCUAAAAAUCUUGGGAAGAAUGCCCGAAGGCUUCAAUCUUCCCAAAUUAGAAAGAAGAAGAGAGAGGAAGUAUUACAGCAAAAAAGAAAUUUGGGAGGAUCUGAGUCUGCACCCAUUCUUGUGUGUAUUAUUCCAUUGCAGGAAGAUUUAAAUAUUGAUAGUAUCUUAUCAAUAAUAACAAAAGCAGAUGAUUCUGCACAUAUAGUUAACAGCCCAUGUGGUACGAUACAUUUGAGUAUACCUAGAUUCAAACAACGGUUUUCAAUUGUUAUUCCACCAGUUGGUAAUUUAUUUGCUACAUUGGAUAUAGCAAAAAUUGCUACAACCAUUCUUUUUGUUGCAUCUGCAACAAAUCAGUCUGAUAGCAGUCCUAGAGUUGAAGUAUUUGAUGAUUGGGGAAAAGAAAUUAUUAUGCCUUGUGUUGCUCAAGGUUUAACUACUCCUGUAGUAGCACUUACAAAUAUUGAAAGUCUUCCAAUAAAGAAACGUCAAGAUUUUAAAAAUCACGUACAAUCUGAAAUUUCUAAAUGGCUUCCAGAAGAGAAAAUUUCUCAAUUAGAUACUCCUACUGAUGCUUUUAAUGUUUUACGACGUGUUGGUACUCAGAAACAAAGAUCUGUAUCUUAUAGGAACAAAAGAGCUCAUUUGUUAGCAGAAGAAAUAAAAUUUAAAUGUAAUGAAAAUUCCACAGAUGUUGGAACUCUUAUGAUCUCGGGAUAUCUUAGAAAUGUUCCAUUAUCAGUUAAUGGUUUGAUACACAUACCUGGAUUUGGAGAUUUCCAAAUGUCUCAAAUUGAUGCUCCUGAAGAUCCAUAUCCAAUGGAGAAAAAAUUAAGAAAACAUAACACGAUGGAUGAACCGUCCGUUCGAGUUCUCGAACGCGCAAAUCCAAAGAAACAAGAAUCUCUCGAAAGUGAAAAUAUACCUGAUCCUAUGGAUACUGAGCAAACUUGGCCUACGGAAGAAGAGUUAGCUCAAGCCAAGACCGAAAGACGAAAAAUUGUAAAGAGAGUUCCAAAAGGAACUUCUGAAUACCAAGCAGCCUGGAUUCCUGAUGAGGAUGCAGAAGAAUUAAGCGAAUGCUCGGACGAUGAGUCAGAAGACAAAAUGUCUGUCGAUGAAGCAAAAUCUCAAAUAGAUAGCGAAGUAGAGGCAGAAGAAGAUGAGGAAGAAUAUGAGACAAUCACUGUGUCUGAAGUUCCUGAUGAACGAUACGAUCAAAAUAUCGAUAUGACAGAGGAGAAAGAAACAAUGGAAAAGUUAAAGCACGCAAAAGUAGACGCACAAUUUCCUGAUGAAGUGGAUACACCUCAAGAUAUGUUGGCAAAACAGAGGUUUCAGAAGUAUCGUGGACUAGAGUCAUUCAGAACAAGUUCGUGGGAUCCAAAAGAAAAUCUUCCUACUGAUUACGCUAGAAUAUUUCAAUUUGAAAAUUUUGAUCGAACGCGAAAGCGUAUAUUUAAAGAAUCUCAGGAAAUAGAAGGUGCUAUGCCUGGUUGGUAUAUCACAAUUCACGUUAUGAAUGUACGACAGGAUCUUUUUAUCACAUUUUCUGCAUUGGAGAAUCAUCCAUUAAUUGUAUUUGGUUUAUUGCCGAACGAACAUAAAAUGUCUCUCUUAAAUUUGGUAUUAAAACAUACCAACAUUAUCCCACAGCCAGUAAAAUCUAAAGAAAAACUGAUAUUUCAAUGUGGGUUUAGAAGAUUCACCGUCUGCCCAAUAUUCAGUCAACACACAAAUGGGAACAAACAUAAAUAUGAGCGAUAUUUUCGACCAAACAGUACUGUUGUAGCGAGCAUGUUUGCUCCAAUUACUUUUUCACCGUGUCCAGUAUUAUGUUACAUACAAAAAUUGAAUAAAUCGUUGGAAUUAAUUGCAACUGGCAGUGUAUUGUCUGCAAAUCCAGAUAGAAUAAUUGUAAAACGAGUUGUUCUUAGCGGCCAUCCGUACAAAGUAAAUAAACGAUCAGCGGUUGUAAGAUUUAUGUUCUUCCAUCGAGAAGAUAUAAACUGGUUUAAACCAAUUGAAUUACGAACGAAAUAUGGUCGUAGAGGACAUAUAAAGGAACCAUUAGGUACGCACGGACAUAUGAAAUGUAUAUUUAAUGAUCAACUAAAGUCACAGGAUACAAUUUUAAUGAACUUAUAUAAACGAGUGUUUCCAAAAUGGACGUACGAACCUUUAUUAUUAACAGAGUUACAACAUCAGAAUGAAGGCAUGAACAUAGAAUAAAGUAUCAAUCAGAAUGUACAUACAUACUGAAUAAAUUUUCGUUAUAUACUUAAAACGUCUGAUUUAUAUUUCCGCCUUUAACAAUAUACCAAUAAAGUCUAAUUUUAAUUUUAAUUUUAAUAACAUGAUUUCGAUAUAUCGCGAAACGUAUCACGUGAUUCACGAUUUACCCAAUUAGCUUCUUUUAAACAGUAUUUUAUAUACUCUUUCAAAGAUAACAUUGUUGUGUAUAAAAUUUAAUUGAACAACAUUUAAUAACAAUAGUGUUUAGACAAGAAUCUUUCUAAGAGCAAAUGGACUUGGACAUUUCUUAUAUUGGUAAUUAGUAUAAGUUAAUAUCAAUGAAAAUGUUGACAAACAAAUGUAGAUGCUUGACAUAGAAAAUAAUGAACCUAAAUCUUCUUCUUGAAACAAAUGUCUAUUUAAAACAGAGCCUUUACUUGAUGAUUGGUUAGAAGGACUUCAAUUAAUCAUUAAAGCACAAGAAAAUUUAAUCAACGCUACAGAUGAAUUUUAUAUGCCAUAUAUAGCUGUACCAAUUCCUAUUGUCAAUGCAAUAUAUAAAAUAACAGAAUAUCUUCAUUUAGAACCAGAUAUUAGAUAUAUUGCUAUUCACUUAUAUGAUAAAUUUAUGUGUAACCAUUUCUGGGAAAUGUAUAAAAACACUGAUGGUACACAAAGCUCUUGGUUGCAAAUUUGUAAAAGCAUAUCAAGUCGAUCAGUAUUAUAUCUCAUGUCCUGCUUGCAAUUGGCAAACAAAAUGAAUUCACAUUUAAACAAUUUGAAAAUAGCGCAAGUACUUGGUAUUUUACGACGCAUAGAUAAAAAAUCUGAAUAUACACACAAGAUAAUUGUUUCAUCAGAAUUUAAAGUAUUUAAAACUGUUGGAUUCAGAAUGCCACUUUGUACUCCGUUAAAUUGCAUAGAAAUUCUUCUGGCUGCAACAGGCCUGAAGGACACUCCAGGGAUGCAAGAACUUACCGUAGAUAUAUUGGAUUUAGUUUAUCUGCAGAGAAAGAAAUUAUACUCCCAUUUACAAUGUUUAAUCCAAGGAUAUAUUGCAAGAACUAUAGAAGAGAAGAGGAAUCUUAUGGCAUUAGAAUCAAAUGUAUUAUUUUUAGGAGCUUCUGUAAUUCUUUGUGGGACAUUUUUCUUAUACAUAAAGAGUGAAAUGAUAGACGUUAUUGCUAUAAAAUUAUCACAAUUGGUAGAUAUAAAAGUUAAUAAUAUUUGGGAUAUGGCUAACAUUCUUCUCACAAUGGCAAUUCAAGAAUAAUUACAUAAAUUAUAAUACAAUUCAAUAAUAAUUAUUUUAAAAAUUACAUAAAAUUUUUGCACAUUGUACGAAAUUACAUAUUACAUAUAAUAAAUUACAUAUAAUAAAUUGUUAAGAAAAUGUGAAUUGUUAAGAAAAUAAGGAAAAAUGAUUCUUUUUUUCUAAUAUUAAUCAUUUAAUUUAAUAAUUUGGAAAUUUAAAAUUAUUAAUUAUUAAAGUUGUAUGUUUUUAAUGACAGUUUCAGACUAAUUUUAUAUGCCCUCUAUAUGUAAAUUUACAAAAGAAUAUAAUUCUUAUACAUACCGCUAGGUGAAACAUUAAAUGAAUACCUUUUUAUAAGAUAUAAGGCAAUAUGUUUCUAUUUAUAUAUGUUAAAAAGUCUGUGUUUUUUUUUCUGUUAUACUACAUUCGUCACAAAUGUGCAAAAUAUUUUUGAAAUACUCCAGAAUUGAAAAAAACGACUCAAAAACUUACAAAUUAACAAAUUCUAGCUAGCAUAUUUUUAUCACAUAAAGAAAUAUUUAAAACAAAUAUUUAAUUGAUUUAUUAAAUAUUUUUUUGAUUUUUGUAACUUGGCACAGUCAUUGAUCAUAAUCACUAGAAUUGGAUAAGAUUUCCUAAUAAAAGUGCCAUAAAAUAAAACUUGUGAAAAUUCAUAUUUUUAUUGAUACAAUAGAAUAUAAAAACGUACAUUAACGUAGAUUACUUGCACGAAGUAAUAUUUAUUUUUUGUAAUGUUUCAUUAGAUCCAGAAUUUUAUUAUAUAGCCAAGUAUCUACGUGCUUUCCCCACACAAAAUCAAGAUGCGCGAAAUUGUCGGAUAUCAAAAACUUUUGAACAAUGGGCAAUGCUUUGUACAACUGAUGCAAGUCCUGAACGUCGACAAACAUAUCAUUGGUGCCAUAAUACAAAUACACUGGUAACUUGACAUUGCCAAGAUUAUAAUCAGGAGGAUUUUUUUUGCCAUACUUCUUUAUGUUACCGACAACGCCAUAGUCAAAUUUCCGGAACUU